AUCCCAUCCGUCGACGCCGACGCCUCUCGCCUCCUGCUCCUCUCGCCACCCAGCGCCCACUUGUCUUCCCGUAGAGCUCGCAGUUCUACCUUGGCCAUGGAGGAAGGCCGGAGCGACGCCAAGGAGGCCAGCAUGGCCGAGCUGGCCGCGUCCCUGGAGAAGGUCCGCCAGAUCGAGGGCGACGGCAACAAUGUCGACGGCAAGAAGAAGCUUUGGGGGCUCCUCCGGCUGUUCAUGGCAUGCAUGGUCUCCGGCGGGAUCCAGUACGGCUGGGCGCUGCAGCUCUCCCUCCUCUCUCCCUACUCCCAGACGCUUGGGAUUCCCCACCAGUACGUUUCCCUGACCUGGAUCUGCGGCCCCAUCGCUGGAUUCGUGGUGCAACCCAUCGUCGGCUACUACAGCGACCGGUGCACGGCCAGGAUGGGCCGGAGGCGGCCCUUCAUCCUCGUCGGAUGCCUCAUAAUCUGCGCCUCGGUGUUGCUCAUCGGCUUCUCCGCGGACAUCGGGCGGGCGCUCGGCGACUCCAAGGAGCACUGCAGCGUGAGCACGGGUCCUCGAUGGGCCGCCGCCGCCGUGUACAUUGUUGGCUUCUGGUUCCUCGACUUCGCCAACAACACCGUCCAGGGACCGGCUCGUGCCAUGAUGGCCGAUCUUUCCGCUGGAAACCAUGGCCCAAACGUCGGGCAGGCAGUCUUCUGCCUGUGGAUGGCCAUCGGCAACGUCCUCGGCUACACGGCCGGCGCCAACGGGAAAUGGCACGAGUGGUUCCCUUGGCUGAAAACUUCGGCGUGCUGCGACGCUUGCGCGAACCUCAAGGGCGCCUUCCUCACCGCAGUGAUCCUCAUUGUCAUCAGCAUGGCGGUCACCAUGUUCCUCGCCGGCGAGAAGCAGCUCGAUAAGGCCGACGUCCAGGCCUCCUCCGGUCGAGGCUGCAUCUCCGCCUUCGGCGAUCUCUUCAAGAGCUUGAAGAACCUCCCCCCUUCCAUGUUCAAAGUGCUCGCCGUCACCGGCAUAACCUGGCUCGCCUGGUUCCCCUUCAUCCAGUACGACACUGACUGGAUGGGUCGGGAGAUCUACCACGGCAUGCCGCAGGGGCCCAAGUCGUCCAUCUACGACGCCGGCGUCCGCGAGGGCGCCAUCGGCCUGCUCCUCAGCUCCAUCACCCUCGGGGCCACCUCCUUCCUCAUUCCCAAGCUCUGCCGCAAGCUGACGUCAAAGGUCGUCUGGUCCAUCAGCAACUUCAUGGUGUUCGGCAUCAUGACGGCCAUGGUCGUCGUCGGCUUGAUCUCCACUAAGGGGUACAACGCGACCCUGACUGCCAACCUCACCGGACCUGACCCCAAGCUCAAGGCCAUAGCGCUCACCCUCUUCGCGCUCAUCGGAAUCCCGCAGGCCGUACUGUUCAGUGUACCAUGGGCUGUUGCUUCUGAGGUUACCACUGACGAGGAUGGCGGCCAAGGCCUCGCCAUUGGCGUCCUCAACAUUGCCAUCGUCGUGCCACAGCUGAUCAUCGCGCUCACCGCUGGCCCGCUGGACAAAGCCUUCGGGAAGGACAACACGCCGGCGUUCGGCAUCGGCGGCGCCUUCGCCUUCAUCUGCGCCAUCCUCGCGCUCAUCGUGCUCCCCAAAACGAGGGGCACGUCCAACGCCGCCGUCAUGGCCGGAGGGCACUGAUACGGCGAUACACCUUGAGACGAGAGCCCCGGCAGGAACUUUGGUUGCAAAAGUGAUCGUUCCCUAGCUUAGAUGUUGAUAUAUAUAUAUGUGUGUGAGCCGAGGUCGUGUUUCUGUUUUCAUUUCCACCGCCGUUUGUUCGUCCAUCAUGUUUUUAGCUGGGAGUUGAGACCAACUGCAAUGCAGUGGUAGAGAGACAAGAUGAGUUCCCUCGUCGCCAUGUUUUAGCUGUUCCGGGAACCUCUUGAAACAUUCAGUUGAUAUGAACAUUGGUAAUCUAUACCGAUUUAAUAUAUUUGCGCGUCAUGGAGAGUAAUCUCCAGACACAAUGUUUUG